UUGCAGAUAAAAGAAGGAAAAUACCCGGAAGCAAUACGUGUACUUCAGUAUGAACUGCAGAGGACUCCCAAUAACCGUGCAGCACUGACCUUACUGGGUUAUUGCUACUAUUACUGCCAAGACUAUAUAAACGCUGUCGACGCAUAUGCGCAACUGGCCGAUCUAUUCCCAAACUUUCCUGAGUACAAACUUUAUCAUGCCCAAGCCUUGUACAAUGCUUUCAUGCUACCGGAAGCCUUACAGAUAGUUUCCACGAUCGAAGAGCAAAGCUUGCUUGGUGACGUCAUCAAACUUGAAUCGGCAAUCAAGUACCGUGAAGAAGAUCUAAAUAAUGCGCGAAUUCUUGUGGAACAAUAUCCAGCCGAUGACCCAGAUACGGAAAUGAAUUUAGCUUGUCUGGACUAUAAGGAUGGUGAUUAUGACAAGGCUCUAGAACGCUUCAACAAUGCCAGCUCUGUCAUGGGAUAUCAGCCUGAACUUGCAUACGCCAUCGCACUUUGCCACUACAGGAAAAAGGAGUACUCUCAAGCUUUGAAGUUCAUCAAUGAUAUUGUGGAUCGCGGAAUCAAAGAUCAUCCUGGUCAGGAAAUUUUUCCUAUACUCGUUGCUUCUCUACUGCUUGCUGAAUUUGUUAAUGAUUUUCCAAAACUUGGUGUUGGAAUGGUGACCGAAGGUAUGGAUCUGCGUUCGGUUGGUAAUACCAUGAAGCUCCAUGAAACUUCACUCGUUGAGGCUCUGAACCUGAAAUUCGCUGUGGAGUACAAGCUGAAAAAUUACACCGCAGCAAAUGAGGCUUUGACUGAUAUGCCACCACGUAGUGAAGAGGAGUUGGAUGCUGUGACAUUGCACAAUCAGGCACUUAUAGGAAUCGACACCGAUCCGAGCGAUGGAUUUGCAAAAUUACAGUAUCUUUUGAGUCAGAAUCCGUUUCCACCUGAAACUUUCGCCAAUCUGCUUUUGCUGUAUUGCAAAUAUGAGUAUUACGAUCUGGCUGCUGAUGUUUUGGCGGAAAAUACUCACUUAACGUUUAAGUAUCUCACCCAGGUGGGCUUAUGUUCAACUUCAAAGAUCUGCAACGUUUACUGUAAUUCCAGUACCAAUUUGACUACCUCGAUGCAUUGA